CUCUCCUCGAACGUAGUCGAAUAAUUAAAUUUUCAUAAAAAAAGUUGCAUAACACCAUCCAAGUAUAACAAACAUAUUAAAAAGGAAUCUGGCCUUGUAUCUACAUAAUACCUAAUUAUAUAAAUGACUACAUACGUAAUAUCUAGUAAUCAAAAUAUAGUAGUAAAAUAGUGAAUGUGUGUGCUGUGUUAGCGAAUUAAAAUGGUAGAAAAUAAAAUGCCAAGAGAUAUUUUUGAACUAUUAGAAAAAUCCGUUAAUGAAAAGAUUGAAAAUUUUGAAGUGAAACAACACGAAGGCAAUAAAAAAGGCGAAGGUUUUUUAGGCGAUUUACUAUUUAUUUCUUUAAAGAACAAAACUUCCAAGGAGGACCAUCAUUUUGUCAUAAAACAGGUUUUACCAAGUAACCAUGAAACUAAUAAAAAUUGGAUGUCAGCUUCUUACUUGAAUGAAAUUUAUAUGUACAUGAAAAUAAUACCUACGUUUCAAGAAUUUCAAAAGAAUUGCCAAAACAUUAAAAUUUUCGAUAACGUUCCAAAAUGCUAUGCCGCUCUUUCAGAAAAAUGUAAUGAAAAAAUAUUACUGGAGAAUAUCAAAUUCAAAAAUUAUGUACUGCACCCAAAAAAACAGCUUAUUAAUAGUAAAAUGUAUGAAAAAAUUUUUCAAUUAUAUGGAAAAUUUCACGCCAUUUCCUUUGCUUUUAAACAACAACGUCCUGAAUUAUUUUCAGAGUUAGUUUCUAACUUAAAAAACAAUUGGCCAGCUUUUACAACUCUCAUCUUGUAUAAAUCUAUUACGAAUGCUGUUAAUAGGAUUAAAAGAAUAUUGGAAAGUCGUAAUGAAGAAAAAUUAUUGAAGAGGUUUCUCAAUUAUAUGGACAAUGGUUUGGAUAUUUUUAAAAAUUCAAUCCAAUAUAAGGAUUCAUAUGGUGUUAUCAUACAUGGUGAUUGUUGGAGUAACAAUUUAAUGUUUAAAUAUAAUUCAGCAAGAGAAAUAGAAGACAUCAAAUUAAUUGACUUUCAAAUGUCUUUAUUAGGAUCCCCAGUACAUGAUCUAAGUUACACUUUUUAUUCCGGAGCAAGCAAAGAAGCUUUGGAUAAUUUAGAAGAGCUUCUAAAAAUAUACCACACUACGCUCAGUGAACACUUAAAACACUACGGUUUAAACGCAGAAAAAGUCUAUCCAUUUGCAGUCAUGAAAGAAGAAUGGAGGAAAUAUUGCUCAUUUGGGUUUAUAAUGGGUAUGUUGAUAUGGGGUGCUAAGAACAUUGAAGACGGACACGUUCCUGAUUUAAAUGAAGUUAUUGACGAUAAAAAUAAAUUUCAAAAUUAUAAUAUUAAAAUUGAUCAUAAAAAUUAUGAUGGACCUAUUUGUAAUUUAAUUAAACAUAUGUGUGAUAAUAAUUUUAUUUGAUCAAUACUUAAUUGCUUUCUGUUAUCUAGGUAAAUUUAACUUUGUUUCCUAUAGUUUAUAUCAAAAGUGUUUUUAAAUAUUAGAUACGGAUAUUGAACAUAUAUUUAUGAAUUUGUGAUAAACCGGUUUUUAUUUUGAUUUUGGUGCUGUAUAUAAAACUCCAGGGUAUCUAUUCUUGAAUCUCGGGGAUAGAAAAAUUUGAGGAAAGAAUAAGACAAAAUUGUGAGUUGCAGAUAAAGAGGAAAUACCGGUUUUCUAUUCCUUCGAAUUCAAAAAUAGCUACCCAGAUGUUUUGUACAAUUUUUUUAUUGAAUGUGUAGAAACACCUUUAAAUAACAAUUGCUAUGUUCUAUGCCAAUAAUGUGAUAUGUAUGGAGAAUAUUUUUAUUAAUUUCCCUCGCAGGUCAACUUCGAUCUUUUAAACAAUAACUUCGCCAUUUACGUUGUAGUGAAACUCACACAAAAGGUUGUGGGAAUUCGCUGAUUCAAAAAGCGGUAUGGAGCUCAAAGUAUUUUAUUAAAUUUACAGAGUUCAAAUUCCAACUAUAACAUAAUAAUCUAUCUCUAUAAGAAAUAAGACACGCCAUUGACCUAUAUAAAAAUGAAUAAAAAAAGUUGAUAGAAAGUAGUUAUAUAAGUGCAACAGAAACAAUAAUAAUAAUAACAUUAUAAAUAUAAGAAUACAAUAAAUAUAAAAAAUAGAUUUUACCUACCUAAAUUAUUGCAGGUACAAAUUAAUCAUUCUAACCACGAACAACUUGUUGGAUUUCUAGUCUAAAUUAAACGGCCAAAACGUGCAGGAAAUAUUCUCUGACCUUUUUGAAUAAGUACAACUUUUUGAUAGGUCCCCCUCUGGCUAAACAGCGGUAAGGUCGCGCAGAACGGUAUGGAAAAUGUGUUUCCUACCUUAAGCUCCCAAUAAUAUUUAUUAAUUAUAAUCCUACACCACGAUGAAAGAUAAUAGGUGUUUCAACUUCUCUAAAAUCCCAUAUAACAACAAAAGACGAUAUGGCACCAAUCACAACGUAGUUCCAAAAAAUUCACCAGAGGUCGUUAAAAGGUGAGGUACGCGUUAGACCAUUAUAAGAGCUAGGUAAAGUAUAUUUUAACAUUAACAUAUUCCAACUUCAAAAUCUGGCCAUCAAAUGAUUGAUCAAUCAUUUGACAGGUUAGUAUUUUAAUGUUCACGGAGCAUGACAUAUAUUAUAUUUACGAACAAAUAUAAUUGUAUUUUAUUUAUAACUCUAAUAAUUUUGCAGUAUUAUUUAUUGUUGUUAGUUUAAAAUAAUGCUUCUUUAAUCUUUGUUGAGGUCUAGUUAUUGUCUAGUCUAGUUAUUGUUGAUCUUAGAAAUUAAUGAUGUACUGAUGUCAAUAUUGUCAAUGUCAAAUUUUAAUUUAGAUAUCAAAAGUAGAAGUGGGGGAUGUAGAAAUAAAAUAAUAAAAAUUAAAGACGAUAGUAAUUGCUGCUAUAAGCUUUUAUAUUAUUUUGUAGAUAAAGAAACGAAUAAAGGUAUUUUCAAUUUUUUAAAUGUGUAGUAUGUGUGUACAUUUUAUUUAGAAUCAACAGUUCGGCUGUUAAGACAUCAUCCGUAUAUUUUAAAUGUAAACAGAAAUGGAAUGAUUGAUAAUAUAUUUUUUUUUUUUUCAUUUUUAAUGAAAGCUCUUGGCGAAUACUAAUAAAAUUUCCACACUUGAGAAGACUUACCUUUCCUUCGUUUUUCUUUAUCUAUCUGUGUGUAGUUACACCUACAAACCUUUGGUUUAUUUUGUAAAUGAUUAAAGUUGUAUAAGAUAAUGAAUCUAUUGAAAACAAUCCUCUGCGUUUAUAUUUAAUUAAAAGUUUAUUACAACACUUAUUCAUAUAGGUAAUUAAGGUUUACAGAUCAUUUUUGUGCCUACCCUUUUCAUCAAUUUGCCUUUUAAGAGCCACAUUUUAUUACAAUUAGGAGAUCCUACCAUGUGAAAUUAUUUAGGACUGGUAACAAAAUAAGCAUGUAUCUUUGGAAUGUGUUUAUUAAUUAUCUAAAAUGUCGCAGUUAUAAUUUAUUACCUACUCUUCUGUAAACAUAACACUUAUUUUUUCAAAAUCCAUUUCAACAAUAUUUACAAUUUUGUAGGAAAGAAUACACACUAUUUUCCUUAUUUAAUUAUUGUUGUCUUUUAAAAUAAAAAUGAUGAAAAAUAGUAAUGUUUUCUCACUUUGUUUUAAUGAAAUAUGUGUGGUUGUUAUAUAAGUAUGUGGUAUAGUAAUUUUCUUCUCGUUUUCACUUUCCAUUUCGUUUGUUUCAUGGAGUAUAAUUAGUGGACAUUAAUAAAUUACCAUUGUUUAAAAAAAUGGAUACAGACGUAUUUUUUACUCGAUAAAGAUAAAAUUAAUUGAAUUUUUCUGACAGUUCGCAGUCAUUAUUUGUUUUCAUUUAAGGUACUUCACCUUAGUAGAUGAUAUUGGCCGGUUCUGGAAAUGAAAAAGAGGUACAGAGAGAAGCAAUUGGGUAAUUAGUAAUUAUCCUAAGUACCCCCCACCCUUCGCGCAAUUAGCAAGUACCUCCCAAUUACAUCAUGUACUUUAAUAAGUGCAAUUGCACAGUAAGUACCACCCAAUUACAUCAUGUACUGUAAAUAAAUGCAAUUGCACAGUAAGUACCUCCCAAUUACCAUAUACACGCCAUACUGUAAUGAUUGUAAUUGCAUAAUAAGUACCUCCCAAUUACCCACAGGGUAUGCAUAGUGUAAUGGGUGUAAUUACUUCAUACAUAUAUAGAUGUAAGUAUUUACUAUGUAUAUCGGGUAGCAUGUAACGAGCAUAGUAAGUACCUCUUAGAUAGUAAUUACUAGGUAUAGGAUAUAGUGUAAUGAGUUAAGUCUAAGUACAUCUCAAUGAUUACUAUUGUAGCAUAGGGAAAAUACGUCGGAGCAUACCUAAACACAUCCUUGACUCUCAACCGUCAUAGCUAUAGUGAAGCGCUAGUCUCCAGCAGACGCGCAAGACGUAAACAUCGGUGGAAGGGAUAGUUCCCCAUUCUUCACAAAAUUAGCGGGUACCUCUCAGGCUUGUAUAUUAUGAAUAUGAGUUGCAUAGUAAGUAUUUUUCAGAUACCCUAUACACCAUGUGUAAUGUACCUCUCAUCACCCCAUACACAUUGAAAUGUAAUGAGUGUAGCUACCUUGUAUAUAUAGUAAUUUCUAUGCGUGUCAUGAAGUGUAAUGAGUAAUUUAAGUAGCUCUUGGUUAUUACUAUUGUAGCAUAUAUAGCAUUUUGUAUCCUAAGUACAUUCUAAAUAAUAGACAUAAAUGGGGGAUGAAGACCGCACAUCCUUGACUCUCGAUCACCAUGAUUAGAGUGAGGAACCGGCCGGGCGCAAGCAUACACGGCAUGAAUAUUGAGGCAGGAACUUGGAAAAAGUGGGGGAUUUAGUUAACAAGUACUUCCCAAUUCUGAAGUCUAAUUGCAUAGUAAGAAACUUUCAAUGUAUAAUAAGCAUCGCAAAUACUUUUCAAUCCUCCAUUCACAUAUAGUUACCUUGUAUGUAUAUCAUGUGUAAUAAGUUGUAGUAAGUACUCCCCAUUACUUCAAACACAAUGAAGUGGUAUAAGUGUAAGUACAUUAUGUAUAGUAAUUGCUAUGUAUAUCAUGAAGUUUAAUAUAAGUACCUCUUUUUGAGAGGAUAUAUAGUAGCGUACGUAUCCAAAAAGUUUAAACAUCGUGAGCUUCCGCAGUGUAUGGUUUCAAAACGGCUAAAAAUAUCUUAUUUUAAUACAAAAUACAUACAAAAACGGAAAAAAAACAACAUCAGAAUAAUUAAAAUAUCUUUCUCAGGUGAAAGACACCAAAAAUUUAAAACAAAAAAAUAAGUAAAAUGCAGACACAUUGACACACAACGUUUUCAACUAAACUAUUAUGUUUUGAUUAGUGGAGAUCUACGUAUAAUAAUACGCAAACCUCGAACUCAGGUAAAAAGUGCCGGGUCCUUUAGGCAUCUAGUUGGACUAAGUUUAGUAGAAAUAUGUGUUUUUUAUGGUCGCCAUCUAUAACGAAGUUUAGGUAGUUCUUCUAGAGUAGGAUGAUGAGAUAUAGUAGAACCCUGUUUUUAAUAGUUUUCGGAUUAUUUAUUGUGGGUAGAAAACUACAAUAUUUUAAGAACAUAAUAGGUAAAUAUUUGGUGAAAUAUUAAGCUGUAUAUUAUAAUUACUAAAAUAUCGAAUGUUUAUUGAAUUAGUAGUCAUUUAUAUACAUAUGCUAGCCUUUUUUUUAAAUUGAAUUCACAAAAAUAUCUAGAAUCCAGUCCUUUAUAGGAUAACAGGUGACAAAUAAAUCUUUAGAUAGAGGUAUAUUAUAAUUACUAAAAUAUCGAAUGCAUAUUAAAUUAGUAGUCACAUAUAUUACUUGAAGGUGAAGGACAAUACAAAUUUGCUGUUAUACCUAUUUUAUUGGAAAAUACAGAUGAACUAUGAACAAUCCUUUUCAAUUUAAACAAAAACAUACACAUACAAGUUCGCCAUAAAUAGAGGGUUUCAGAGAUAGAUACUUUAAGAAAAAUAAAUAUUUUUAUGGCACGAAGCAUAUGUGAAUGGAGUAUUGAAAAGUAUUUGCGAUUAAACAUUUUACUAUAAGCUGCCAAAUGUUCACUUAAUUUCAUCCAGUGAAAGAUAAGUUCUGUAAAAAAUCGUAAACUUGUUUUGACCACGUAUGAUACACUGAAAUGGCAGCCUUAAAUGUUCGGCAAAAACUAGAUUUAUGUCUUUGAUUAUUGUAUAUGGCUGAAAUUAAAUUUUAUGACUUACUAAUAGGAAACCAGUUUUAAUCAUUCAUUCUAUGUUUUCUUUCGAACAAAAAUGAAAAUAUAAAUAACAAUCCUUCUGUUCAUACAAAUUAACUUCAUGCUAUUAUUUAACGGUAUUUUUUAUUUUGACAAAAUAGAUUAAUUCUUCAACGACAUUUUAUUAGACUUCUCAUACAUAUUCCGUAAAUACUGUUGCCUGUCUAUAUUUUAUUAUUGGUUUUUAUAUUUAUACAAUGUUUUUAUUGAUUAUACUUAGUUUUUUUUUUUAUUUAAGCGAUAAAAAUAUAUAAUAAUAAAUUAAUGUUCCACUUGUUUUAAAAUCCAUACACUUUUAAUAAAAUUAACAUAUAUACUUUUUAAUUACGAAUUCUUCUAAUAAAAAUUGUAUUGUCAGUAUAGGCAUUAGGCCAUUAGUACAAAAUAGAAUUGGCGCUGCUGUCACGCACGGAGCGAAUAGGUGUUUUCAGAAACCUAUUAUGGAUUAGAAAUCCGGAUUAUUGGGCUUACCCGACGGAUCACGUAGAUCACUAAAUGAGUUUAAUUAUUGUUCCUGUUUAUCAACUUUUAUCAAUUUUUAAUUUUAUCCGCGUGACAUUUAAUAUUUAAAACCCUUAUUUGUUUAAGACCCAUUUUAUUUUAAAUAACCUAUUCCCUCUAGCAAGUAUAAGUUUAUAAUAGUAUUUUACUGAUGAAGAAGUCAUUAUCCUCUUGAUAUAGAUUACAAGUUUUAAGUUACUAAAUUUAUGUAAACGUUAAAAGAAAACUACUACUGUCAGACACCAAAUACCAAACAGUUAUUCCAUCAUUUCUCUAUAAAAUCUAUUACUAAUAUACUCGCAGAGAGGAUUACAAAAUACUGGUCUCGAUCAUAAAACUAGAUCAGUAAUUUACCAGUUUCCAAAAACGGAUAGUGUUAGUAACACUAGGUAAACGAACAAUAGAAUUUGUAAUCUUUCUGAUCCGAAUAGGUUUCCGAAAACGCCUUAUGUUGACAGCAACUCGCAUACUUGAAUAUUAUUCAAAAUCAGUGUAAAGGAAAAUCCAGUAAAGUAUUAUUUUUUAAUAUAAAAAUACAUAAUAAAAUUUAAAUAAUAAAAUAUAUUCCCUGUAAACUGGAAAUAUUAGACAUUUAUACAUAAUUUUAUUACUAUUUAGUCCUACAAUAAAUAAAUUAAAUCUAAUUAUUAUUAUUUAGUUUCUUCUAUUUCUUCUUUCAUUUCUUCUUCAGAUCCCACAGGCAAAUCAGAAUUCAUUUCCAUUUGCUAGUUAUAGAAAAAAUUACAUUUAAACUUUG